CUCGACCUGGCGAUAUGCCAACGCGCGUACGUCCGGUUGCAUAAAUGUCAAUGUUGUUGUUGCUAAGAUACCGCGUCAAAGCCGCCGCCCCCAAAACAAUCGUGAUUACAAAGAUAACAUGUUGAAAGUAUAACGACGAAGAAGUGGAGGUUUCAAAAUGGGGUGUUGUGAGUCGAGGAAAGAAGAAGAGGGCGAGGAGAACAAGCAAAGGGGCUGCACUGACGUAUUCUGGUUGUGCGUGUACGUCGCCUUUUGGUUGUUGAUGAUUUUAAUUGCUGCGUUCUCUUUCGUGUACGGGAACCCGAUUAGAAUUAUAAAUGGAUAUGACUCAUUCGGGAACACUUGCGGGACGAAGCACAAUAAAAACAGGAGCAACUUGGAGCUGUCAGGGAUUGACACUUCUGAUAAACCGUACUUAUUGUUUUAUGAUAUUAAAGAGCUGAAACAGUCGCUGAAGAUAUGCGUGAAAGAGUGUCCUAGAGAGACGCUGAGAGAGGUGGAUGAUAUCAGGAAGUAUUAUCAAAAAACAGGGGUGAAUUUGUGCAGAUAUGAUUUUAAUUACAAUGAUUUUAAUAAUAGGAGCAUUCCGAAAAAUAUUUUCAGUAGUUACAUAGGACCGUGUCCGGCACUUCCAAUUUAUGAGAGCAAACCUGUUUUGAAUCGCUGUGUUCCACAAUCCUUCCAAGAUUUGGCAGAGGGCGUUUUGAACAACUUUUAUGAUUUGCUUAAUAGUUGGGACACUUUGGAACAGAUUCUUAGCGAUAUUUAUAUCACGUGGAGGGAGAUUUUGUAUUUGACGUUCUUAGCUUUGUUAUUAUCAUUAGUGACAAUUUCGAUUUUACAUUUGUUGGCGCAUCUAGUUUCUUACAUAAUUAUGAUUUUAUUCACCGUUGCUAGUAUUUUGGGGACUGCGUUUCUCUGGUAUACGUAUUUCGACAUUAAGAAUAAUUUAGACAAAACCAAUCAGAAUUUGAUGCUUUUGGAGUCCGUGCGCAACGAGAGGGCGUUUUUAUGGUAUUCAAUCGUAGCCACCGUUAUUACAGUCAUAAUUUUAUUACUCGUCAUAGUAAUGAGAAAACAAGUCAGUUUUCUCGCCGACUUAUUUAAGGAAACUUCCAAGUGUCUGCUACACCUCCCCGGUCUCUUUUUUCAGCCGAUUUUAACGUUUCUAUUUCUGCUUGCAUUUCUCAUGUUCUGGAUUUUCGUUGUGCUGUGCUUAGCCACCGCCUACUACCCCAGCACUUCCCCCAUCAACCUGCGUAUUUACAACGAAUCGUCGUUUACCACACCCGUCAGUAACACCGAACCUGUACCCAAACUGCGCGACAUCUCCCUGUCAGAAAAAGUGGUACAAAAAAUGACGGUCUUCGAAUUCACAGAUCCGACUUGGGUGAAAUACAUGUGGUGGGUUUAUUUCAUUGGGUUAAUCUGGACAUGCGAGUUUAUCAUGGGUUGCCAGCAAAUGGUAAUCGCGGGAGCCGUAGCCCAUUGGUUCUACCGCCACAAAUACAAAGAUAACUCCCACGUUUCGUACUCCAUUUGCAAACUAAUCAAGUACCAUCUGGGUUCGGUCGCUAUCGGGUCUCUGCUCAUCACCAUUUUCAAAAUACCAAGACUGAUCUUGAUGUAUUUACACGAAAAGCUUAAGUACAACUCCGACAAGGGUAGCGAAUGCGCCUCCUGUUGUCUCAAAUGUUGCAUUUGUUGUUUUUAUUGCUUAGAAAAGUUCAUACGGUACUUAAACCACAACGCUUACACUGUUAUAGCGAUAGAUGGCGUUAAUUUUUGUAAAGCAGCGGGAACGGCCUUCCAAGUCUUAACAGAGCAUGCGCUACAAGUGGCAACUAUCAACAGCUUAGGCGAUUUUAUCCUAUUUUUGGGUAAAUGUUUAAUAACUGUGCUCACGGGGUGUGUGGGACUCUACAUCUUUAGAAGAAACCCGGAACUGGAGUUUUAUGCAGCCCCAACUUUAAUCGUUUGCAUAUUCGCUUUCUUUGUCGCACACUGUAUACUUUCGCUAUACGAGAUGGUGUUGGAUACUGUAUACUUGUGCAUUUGUCAAAACGGCGAAAGCGUUGAGGGUAUCCAGAUGGAGAAUUUGGGAGUUCAAAGGAGCGUUAAUAAUGCUAAUCCGCAGCCUACUGAACUAGAACCGAUUAAGUAGAUAUACGAGGUUUAAGUGGUUGUUGUAAUUUUAACUGUGAGCUUUAACGUUUAUAUUGAUAUUAUAUACCUGUUUACAAUCGUAAGAAUGUACACGUCGAUGUCCGUCUAUUAAAAACAAACCGUACUUUAAGCGCACUUCCACAACGUAGUAUUAGGCACUUAUUAACGACAAUAACACAAAGAUUGCUGUUGUUUUUAAGAAUGCGACUCAGUUGUUUUACAGUUUUAACAUUGGGAACAAGGUUGUGAUUUUUUGAGUAGCAGUAUUUAAUGGUAUUUAUUGGUCUAUUCCUCGACGCAGAUAUUUUUAUAUACCGGAAAAGGAUAACACUGUAAUGUUUACAUUUUAAUAGAAAUAUAACUGUUAGAACUU